UUCCCAGUCGCCUCAGAUAGUCUAUGGCCGCCACCGUCGGCCCUCCCGCACCUGCACCGCCCAGGCCCUCGUCCACAUCUCCCCGGAGGCUCGAGGUAUGGUGGAGCAACGCGACCUUUUUCGUCGCGGCCCACGUCGCGGCCCUCGUCGCCAUGUACUAUACGCCGCCGUCCCAAGUCCCCCGCGCGACCUUGAUCAUGGCAUUCGCGUUGUGGCAGCUCGCGCAGUUCGGCAUCACCAUCGGUUACCACCGCCUAUGGUCGCACAGAGCGUUCCGGGCAAGCUUCGGAGUCAGGGUAGCUCUCGCCACGCUCGGCUCGAGUGCUUUUCAAGGUUCCAUCAAGUGGUGGUGCCUGCGUCACCGCUUACACCAUCGUUUCACGGACGAUCCCGAUCAUGACCCGUACGCCGCCACCAAGGGUCUGCUGUGGUCACACGUGGGAUGGAUAUUCUUCAAACCCACGUAUGAACGGAUGGAGCUUGUCGACAGAGAAGACCUGGACAGUGACCCUGUUGUGCGACUACAACAUAAACAUUAUGUACCUUUGGCCUUGUUCACGGGAUUUGUUGUUCCUCCCUUGCUAGGUGCUCUCUGGGGCGACGCUUGGGGUGCAUAUGUAUACGGUAGCCUUGUUGUUCGAAUUCUGAUAUGGCACUGUACCUUCAUCGUCAAUUCAUUAGCACAUUGGGACGGCCUCCAACUCUUCUCUGACGAGAAUAGCUCUCGGGGAAACCUUCUCUUCGCAUUGCUCACCUGUGGUGAGGGGAAUCACAACUUCCACCAUGCGUUCCCCCAGGACUUCCGCGCCGGCCCAUCACUCUCGGACUGGGACCCGUCCAAAUGGAUCAUCCUUGUCCUUCAUCGCUUCGGAUUAGCCUCUGGUCUCCGUCGGGCACGCUAUACCGAUAUGGAAUCCGCCAAAGCAUACAUGCAGCACAAGCAUCACCACGGCGUGCCUCCGGAGGACAAAUCGUUGAUCUGGGAAGGUCCCUCGUGGGGUUCUGAGGAGGUGGAAAAUUACGUCCGAGGCAAGCCUGGUCGAUGCGUCCUGCUCGUGGACGAUUUUGUCGUGGAAGCAACCGAAUACCUCGGAGAGCAUCCCGGCGGCGCGACCUUGCUCCGCGAUUACUCCCUCCGUGUGGACAAGGACACGGACGAGCUCAAGUGGCGAGAUGCUAGCUGGGCGUUCGACGGCGGGCUGAAUCAGCACUCGCGCGCGGCGAAACAACGACUUCGAGAGCUCCGCGUCGCGAAAUUGUCAGCUACCGUGCAGUACUGAGAUACCUGGUCUCCGGGCUCAUCAACGCACUUACUUAUCCAUCGACGUAUUCGAAAUCACGAGAUUACGUGCGUCACUUGUCAGACGAAUCCAUUCCCUGAAAUUUGGGAUGACCCGUGCACUAGCGUCUGACGUAUCCUCACAAUCGAAUAAAGCGUGGAGAUCUCAGGACGAAAGACGCAAGCGAGGCGUAGAGCGUCGAAGAAAACCAAUUUUACCAAUUUCAAGUCCGUCGUUUAGGUCCACUCAUCAAGAGUUCGCUCUGUGUUAGAUUUCGCCUGUACAUAUAUUCCUUGUAGCCCC